AUGUCAUUUCUACAAAAUUUUCAUUUGAGUCCAGGCCAGACUAUACGUUCCACCAGAGGUUUCAAAUGGAACACUAAUAAUGGCAAUGCGGCCUCGAAUGAUAACGAUAAUUACAAGAAUUUCAAUGUAGGUGGUGGUACUCAAGCGAAUGAGUUGAAUGCACCAGCUAAUAUUAUGAACCACAAUCAAUACAGCCAACCUACAAGGGUGCUUCCACAGACGCCCACUAAACAAGUAAAUAGCAGUCCACAGCAGAUAACGGAUUUCAAUUAUACACCUUCCCAUCAGCAACCGUAUAUUCAAGCACCUGUGGGGACUACUGUUUCUUCGCACCAGGAUCUAAAGCAAAUUGUGGAGAUGACUUUGGGUUCCAAAGGUGUUUUGAACCAGGCUGUGAAGUUACCUAAGGGUGAAAAUGAAAAUGAGUGGCUGGCAGUGCAUUGUGUGGACUUUUAUAAUCAAAUCAACAUGUUAUAUGGCACCAUCACUGAGUUCUGUUCACCGCAAUCCUGUCCGAGAAUGAUUGCCACUAAUGAAUACGAAUACUUGUGGAGUUUCCAAAAAGACCAACCUCCUGUUUCUGUAUCAGCCCCCAAAUACGUAGAGGUAUUGAUGAAGUGGUGCCAAGAUCAAUUCGACGAUGAAACCUUCUUCCCAUCAAAAACUUCUGGUACUUUCCCAAAUAGAUUCAUUCAAAAAGUAGCAAUUCCGAUAUUAAGGAGAUUGUUCAGAGUCUACGCACACAUAUACUGUCAUCAUUUCAAUGAAAUCUUAGAGUUGAAUUUACAGACUGUACUGAAUACAAGUUUCAGACAUUUUUGUUUGUUUGUUCAAGAAUUUCAACUGUUGAGACCUUCUGAUUUCGGACCAUUGUUGGAGCUAGUUAACGAAUUGAGAGAUAGAUAA